AUUCUGCUUUUCUUCUCCUUUCUUCCCGCUGCAGCCACUCGAAAGAAAAAAAAAAGGGGAACCCAGCCAUGCCUUUGAGAAACCGAUCUGCUCUGCUCUGUCUUCCUCACCGCUGGUUGCCCUUGAUUUUGGGUGAAUUCUGGGCUGUUUCGGUAAGAAAUAGCCAUUAAAUUCUCUGUUUUUCCUUGAAUUAGCUUGGGUUCAUGUUAAAUCUAGUGUUUCUCCAGAUUUUGGGUGAACCCGUGAGCUUUCCCUGCAGCUUGCCGCCGGCCUCUUUCCCCCUGUAGCUCCGGUUUCUACAGCUGGAGAAUUAUGAUAUGUGGCAACUUCUCUAAGUGCAAGUUUAGCCAUUUAAUUGCUGCCCUUUGUGUCCGAAAUUCUGGAUUAAUUAGGGGAGAAAAUUGAUAGUAAUUAGACCAUGAUUUAGCUUGUUUCAAGUGAAUUUAUGUGAUUGAGUGUUAAUUGAUUGCUGUGAUUUUUGGAGUGAAAAUCCCGUGAGAUUAGUUAGUGUUUUGGCCAAUUUGUGGAAGUAGAGUUACUGUUCACGUCGGGGUCACUGUUCACCGCAAAUCGUGUGCCGGCCAGUGGGAGGUUUAUAAACGCUGGCCAUGACCUAUAGAGGAGACGUCUAUUUCGUGCCCGUACUGUAUCCGUUUUUCGUGAUUGUACUUGUUGGCAUGCUAUAAGUUUAAUUAAGGGCACUCCAUAUUUUACUUACUGAGUUUAUCUCAUAGUUUUUCCUUGUCCACCAUUUCAGGAAGCGAAACCGAGGACGGGGAAACCAUGGGAAGUGACGAGUUAGAAGGCUAGACAUAUUGUAAUUUGAUAUGAAUUUUAGAAACAAAUCAUGAUCUUGUAUUUGGAGAUUUUAUUGGAGACUUAUGAUAUCAGAGAGUUUAUAAAAUUGAUCUUUAGAU